AUGCGUCUGCGGCUCCUAGUGCUCUCCAUGGGCAUUGCCAGCGCCAGCGCGACGCUCGCGGCGGCGCAAACGUCGUCCUACUACUUUUCGCUGGCCAGCGCCGGCCUCGUGAUGGGACAGCUCGAGCAUCGCAUCGCCAUGGCCAACGAGGCGGCCGACAACCUGCAGGUAUUCUCGAAUGAUGCCGCCUUUCAGGGCAUCACCAUCUGGGAGCUGACGGGCGAUGCCUCGUUGGCUGGAAAACCUCUUGGAACGGUGCUAGAGGUCGUAAUCAUCAUGUGGCUCAGACUGAAGCUCCAAGAGAGGGCUUCUCGGCAGGCGGAGGCCGAAGCGCUGCUCCAGUUCAUCGCGCGCGGAGGCUUCCAUGACCGCACGGGAAUGCCACUGUCCGAUGACCAGGCCACGAGGCUCGGGUACAUCGCCAGGCUGGCGACCGAGAGGCAAAGGACGUCGCUGAAGAACGCCCAGGCGAUGCUGCAACGCCACAACCGGUGGAUCAACGACAAUUUGGCCCCGCACGACGCCGCCAGGCUCAUCGAGGAGCUGGGAGAGUACAACUGGCCCCAGUUCGCUGUGCACGACGAAGCCAUGAAGCAAGUCGUCACCACGAUCAACAGGAAGCUGCCAAGAUCGAUCGUUAGGGUCGUUCCAGAGAGGCCGGGUCAGUGA